AUGUUAGCGGAACUUCGAGGGAAUCAAAAGAAACGCUCCGAAAUCAGUAACUUAGAAGAAUAUAUCGCCACAGCGUCAAAAUUCGGUUCUUUACCCCUUUUGAUCUCUCCAUCCGGUGACACUAUCCCUCUCUCGACUGGAUAUAUCCCUCUUCUUACAAGCCAUACAUUUGACGAUGAAUCCAGCAAGGAGCUCCGAAAAGAGAAUAAUGAACUCGAAAAAGAUUCUUCAAUUUACUUCUCAGCACUCGAAAUCGUAAGUAAUAAUCAGUUCCUGCUACUAGUCGGGCCCAGUGGGAGCGGCAAAACGACUUUCGCAAAACAUCUUGCUUUUCGUCUAGCGACUACUACUACAAAAUCAAUUGGAGGUGGGUUUAUUGUGAGAAAUGGGUCAAGUGAUGUUCGGAAAGAGUCUUGGGGUUUUGCAGGUACCGAUGUGAUACCUUGCUACUUUCCAAUCUCUAGCAUCUCUCAAUUCUCAAUAUUGCUUCUGAAAACGCUACCUCAACUUAUUGAGGACUGCAAGGAUAGUAGAAAACCGGUGUGUCUGUUGAUCAUUCUUGAUUCUAUCGAGUCUCUUGGAGAAGAAGGGCCCCAGCUUUUAAGAUCUAUGGUGCAUCUAAUCCAGCACCACGAACAGGCAUCUAUAAAACUACUCCUUCUCGGAGAAAUAAGCAUCGUGAAAAAUUGGAUUUUAGGCUCCGAAUUAACAAGACAUGAUACAAUACCACUUUCUCAAGUCAAGAGACGCAUGCUUAUGCGCAGUAUCACCAGCACCAAUAUCGAAUACAAUUUUGUAUACAUCGAGAUUGGAAUCGGUGAAGCAGCAAGUCUACUAGCAUAUUUUGCGCUCGCGUUAGAGAUCACUCUUUAUGGAGCAAAAGCAGAGGAUUUAUUGGAUGAGUGGCUCCACGUUGUGCUUCCUGAAAACUAUAAUGAUAUAAGAAUCACACGAGAGGCAUUGGAGCAUUCAAUCCAGGAAGCGGAGCAGAGCAUUCAAACUCCACUUUCGUGUAGAUUGAGGAUUAAGAAUCCAGCGGUCUUCUCGAAACCAAUACAACACUUACUAGCUCGCCAGCUUGUUGAAGAGGACACACAAGUAGCUAUUGAUCUAUUUAAUCAGAAUUCUUUUUUGGCAGAACCGAUUAUUCGUAGUUGGUUAGUACGCCUUAGAGAUAUAGGAAGUCCGGUGCUACUUAAAUCUCUUGAAGGGCUGGUUGCAGGUUCUGGAGCAAAUGCACAACUAGGCGAGCUACUAGUUUCAGAUUUUAUCUCUUCGGCCAGUCCACUAUCUUACCUGGUACGAUACGCGCGCAUGUUGUACCAGGUUACAGGACGCUGGCAAGCAUCUGGGAAGAUUACUCUCGAUGGGGAAGUCCGUUUACCCACUGAGCCGGAAUGGGAAAUUGCCGCUAGAGGUUCUCAGGAAUCUGGCAAUGAAACAGAAUCGACCUAUUCAUGGGGCACAGAAUGGAACGCAAGUUAUGUAAAUUAG